AUGUCCUUUACCUCGAUCCCGAUCCUCGACCUGGCCCUGGCCCGGGACCCGGCGACGAAGCCGACCUUCCUCGUCGACCUGCGCCAUGCCCUGCUCGAGGUCGGGUUCCUCUACAUCCGUAAUGUCGGCAUCCCCGACGACCUCUGGCGCCAGGCCAUCGCCGAGGGCAGGGCUUUCUUCGACAUACCCCGCGAGGAGAAGCUCAAGAUCGAGAUGAAGAACGCGCCCUCGUUCCUGGGCUACUCGCAGCUGUCGGCCGAGAUCACGGCCGGCCACAUCGACCACCGCGAGCAGAUCGACCUGUCGACCGAGCACCCGGUGCCGGGCCCUGACGCGCCGCGGUACGCGAACCUGCUCGCGCCGAACCAAUGGCCCUCGCCCGCCGUCCUGCCGCGCUUCCGCGACGUCUACACCGACUACAUGCGGCGCAUGGGCGACAUCUCCGUCUGGUUUACCUCGCUCAUCGCCGAGGCCAUCGGCCUGCCCCCCGACGCCUUCGACCGCUACUUCGACACCGACCAGCAGCACAAGCUCAAGAUCGUCAAGUAUCCCGACGUCGCCGAGCUCGGCCUCGCCGGCCCCGGCCCCGUCGAGGGCCAGGGCGUCGGCCCCCACAAGGACAGCAUGCUGACCAGCUACCUGCUCCAGGCGAGCCCCCACCGCGGCCUCCAGGUGCAGAACAUGCGCGGCGAGUGGAUCGACUGCCCGCCCAUCGACGGCACCCUCGUCGUCGCCAUCGGGCAGGGGCUCGAGGCGCUGACGCGCGGCGUGUGCGCGUCGACGACGCACCGGGUGCUGUCGCCGGCGGCGGGCCAGGGCGCGCGCUACUCGAUCCCCUUCUUCCAGGGCGUGCGGGGGUCGACGACGUUUGACGAACUCGACGGCGCCAUCGCGAGCGCGAGCGUGCCCGAGGCCGUGCGGCGCCAGCGCGACCAGGUCCUCGCCGCCAACGGCGGCCGCCGCCUCGACGACGUCGAGUUCACCUUCCGCAAGGGCGGCGCCGCCGCGACCCUCGGCGAGGCCACCCUGCGCAACCGCGUCAAGAGCCACCCGGACGUCGGCGAGCGCUGGUACCCUGACAUCCUGCGCGACAUCCGGGAGCAGCAGGCGCGCGAGGCGGCCGAGCAAGGGGCCGCAGCGUCGAAGACGGAUGCCGCGACGCAGGGUCCAGCGGCGGGAGGGGGCGUGGGCACGCAGGCGCCUGCAGUAGAAGCACACUGA